GGCUCGCAGUGAAAAUCUAUUCUGAUAUCGAAAGUGGAAUUUCACAAUAUGGCAGAAGAAUCGGUUGGUCCAGGGAUCGUGGAGUGGUAUGGAGGGGGAGACCGCCCCGGUCAUAGAUGUGGAUACUGCAAAAGCACCGACUCGAACGUCUCUGACGGAAUGUGGGCUCAUAAACUUACAGUACAAGAUUAUCAAGACCUUAUAGACAGGGGAUGGAGAAGAAGUGGAAAGUACUGCUACAAACCCAAAAUGGACACCACAUGUUGUCCCCAUUACACAAUAAAACAAGACGCUCUAAAUUUCAAAAUGAGCAAGUCCCACAAAAAAAUCAUCAAACAGUUCAAUAAGUUUCUCAUCCACGGUAAGAAGAAAGGGGAACAUGACAAGCCGGAGGGGGAGGAGUCAGUAAAAGGGGGCGGAGCUGACACUAGUAGUAAGGAGGAGACAUCUGUCAAUCACAACUCACCAAAAGAGGACAAAUCAAUGGAAGCAGAGCAGAUAAAGAAAACACCAAAACCAGGGCUCGGGGCAGACCCCACCAAACCUAAGUGUAAGAAAGCUAAAGAUCUGAGGAGAGAGAAAAAACUUGCCAAACAGACAGAAAAGGGACAGACAGAGAGACAGGCAGACAAUACAGAGCAGUCGAAACAACAGAAAUCUCAGGAGAAGACACUGGAGGAUUUACUGAGAGAACCGGAGCAGACUGAGAACUGUGCCCACAAACUAGAGAUUCGACUGGUGAGGUCCGAGCCCGCCAGCGAAGAGUUCACCCGCUCCUUUACCCCGGCCCACAACGUGUAUCACUCCUAUCAAAUGAUAAUCCACAAGGACCCUCCCAACAAGCCCAGUGUGGCCCAGUACACUAGGUUUCUAUGCGACUCCCCGCUUGAGGUGAGGUUAGUGCGGGUCAAUCCCCCGUCCUCCGAGUUCCGAAAGUCUCACCGUGAGUCGUACGGCAUCUUCAAGGAGUACCAGAUGAGGAUCCACAAGGAGGAUGAAUGUGACUGCUCCAUGGGACAGUUUGACGACUUUCUGUGCGAGGGACCGCUGGAGGAGGAAUAUAGGGAGGGGGGACCACCCAUGGGGUAUGGGUCGUUUCACCAGCACUACCUGCUGGACGGCCAGAUCAUUGCUGUGGGGGUCAUCGACAUCCUGCCCUCCUGUGUGUCCUCAGUGUACCUUUACUAUGACCCAGACUACGACUUCCUUAGUCUCGGGACCUACUCAGCUCUCAGGGAGAUAGCCUUUGUUCGGGAACUAAACAAGAAGGCCCCAGACCUGAAGUAUUACUACAUGGGCUACUACAUUCAUUCCUGUCCAAAGAUGAGAUACAAGGGCCAGUACUACCCUUCGUUCCUGCUCUGCCCCGAGGUCUUUUCCUGGCACCCUAUAGAGGAAUGCUCACCUAAACUCGACAAGAACAGGUACUCCAGGUUUGCUGAUCCCGAUAAAGAGGAUGAGGGCGGGCGUGUCGACCUGGACAGCGUAAUGAUAUUACAUAGGCGGAUGGCCAUGACCUACCAACAGUACAAAUUACUGAACCCCAAAACCAAGACCCAACAUGACGACGUGGUCAGGAAAUACGCUGGCUUUGUGGGGCAAAGCUGUGCUACGCGAAUGUUACUGUACAGAAACUAAACUUACUGUACAGAAACUAAACCCACAGUCCAAUUUAACUUAAUUUAUUUUAUAGAUAAGGUUUUAACGUUGAUUACUUAUGUUGUUAAUGAUAAAUACCUACUGGAGAUGAUAAAUACUUCCGGGAGAUGACUUUUCCACCUUGUACAUGUAUCUGUGUGAUAUAGAACAUUCCAGAAGUGUACAACAAGACUUUGUAGACAUAGAAAUGUUUCUUGAUUUGUACAAUGGGUUGGAUUUGCUGACCUCUUUACAGAUCAGGGAAUAUACUUCAAUGAUUAUGUACUUGGAUGUCAAGUAUUAUUUUUUAUAGAUUUAUACAUAAAUUUACAUCCAAUAAGUACUCUCUCUUGUAUUAAGGUAACUCUUUGUUGUCCAUGAUAGGGUGUAAACCCUUUUCUCGAUAAAUCUUUAUAAAAUUGUGCAAGACUUAAAAUCUCUGAAUCAACUCUAUAUUGGAGAUGUGUUAGAGGUCCACAGUGUAUAUAUGAUGAUCUUUCAUCUUUUUUUACCACAAAGUGAUAGUAGUUUAUUUCAUCCACUUUAAAUUUGAAUUCUUAAAAAGAUGUUAACAAUAAAAUGCUUACUUCGUUGGUACGUAGGAAUAUAACAGUUACUGACAUGGGUAAUUCAUUUGUCGGCAAUGCCAGCAAAUGUUUUAUCUGUAUUAACUUAUACAGAAAUACAGUGUAGGUAGCAUUUUGUUAUUUAAUUCAAAGGUAUGUUCAGUUUCUUCACUGAUUUUUUACAAUGAAUUUUACCUUUUUGUCACAGCUAUGUCUUAGUGCAAUAAAAAUUAUCAGUGAUCAAAACCA